CACGGCUAGAGCCGACAUCUUAUUUUUCGUUCGGCAUUUUGAUUGUCUAAUUUCUACGAUAUUUCGCCGUUUAACGCCCCAGCAAAGCAAAUUACUAGGAAUUUUGGAUAAUUGCAAGGUAUUAUUGUACACGUUGCGCAGGCGUAAGUUGUACAUUUGCUGCGCGCUGAAAAGUUCACGCAAAUCAAAAGUGGGCAGCUAAACUUUUACGGUACAUUGCAAAGCUUUAAACUUUGUUGUUGUUGUAUGUUUACAAGCAAUAAGAGAUGAGUGCACAGCCAAGUCCCUGCAUGAAUCCCCAACAACAACAACAGCAGCCGAGCGAGCAGGAGAAGGUUUAUCAAUGGAUAAAUGAGCUCGCUCAUCCGGAUACACGAGAGACAGCUUUGCUGGAACUGAGCAAGAAACGUGAAACGGAUUUGGCGCCAAUGCUGUGGAACAGCUUUGGCACAGCAUGUGCCUUGCUGCAGGAGAUUGUCAACAUAUAUCCAUCGAUAAUGCCGCCCACACUGACGGCACAUCAAUCGAAUCGCGUUUGCAACGCAUUGGCGCUGCUGCAGUGCGUCGCAUCGCAUCCGGAGACACGUACCGCCUUCUUGCAAGCACAGAUUCCACUGUAUUUAUAUCCAUUCUUAUCAACCAUAUCGAAAACACGACCAUUCGAAUAUCUACGCUUGACCAGUUUGGGCGUUAUUGGUGCUUUGGUCAAGACCGAUGAACAGGAAGUAAUUACAUUUCUGCUCACCACGGAAAUUGUGCCACUUUGCCUCACCAUUAUGGACAGUGGAUCGGAGCUGAGCAAAACUGUUGCCACCUUUAUCAUACAAAAGAUAUUGCUCGAUGAAUCGGGUUUGUCAUACAUUUGUCAAACGUACGAGCGUUUCUCCCAUGUUGCCAUCACACUGGGCAAAAUGGUCAUUCAGCUGGCAAAGGAUCCCUGUGCGCGCCUCUUGAAACAUGUUGUACGUUGUUAUCUGCGCCUCUCUGACAACACACGUGCUCGCAAAGCACUCGGACAGUGCCUGCCAGAUCAAUUGCGUGAUGGCACAUUCACACAGUGCCUGCAAGAUGACAAAUCCACAAAGCAAUGGCUACAAAUGCUAAUCAAAAAUUUGGAAUUGGGCGCCACACAGCAACCGGGCGCUGAUCCCCGCCAGAUUGGUAUGUCCCCGUUGGGCUCCUAGACGUACAAUAACCCACCAAAAGAAAAAAAACUAAAAAGAAAAAUCGGAAAAAAU